AUGCACAGUGAGACGUCAUUCCAAGGGGUGAAUGCGAAAUCGGGUAUACUUGAAGAAGACAAAGGCAUUAAUUCAUGUCGCACUCCCGGGUAUCUGCUCUCCAGCUCCGCUAAUCAUAAGUAUAGUGGAGGGUCCACUCUCAUGGAGCAUUCUGGUACUAGCAAUUCAGGAAAAACUGCUUGUCAAGACGAACCAAAGAAUAGCUGUGAGAAUACGCAGUAUUCAUUUGACUACGGUCAGAUGGCAUACCUUGUUCCUGGUGUCGGCUAUCUGUACGUAAAUGAGGUGGCAGAACCUGUGACUCUCGAUAAGGCAGCUGGGCCCCAAGUCCCACCCAUCCCUGCACCAAGGGCCUCCCUACUACCGACGUCGACAAGGGUUCCGCCACUAGACCUUUCCACCCUCACGCAGGCUGCUCCCUCCAUCACUACUAUCACCACAGCCCCUUCCCCUUCUGAUCUUUCUUCUCCACAUGCCACCAGUGGUUCAAUG